CGAGAAGAACAUCAGAGCAUGCUUUCCACUCUCCAGCCACCCAACUCUGCCCGUUGUGUACAAAAAAUGAAGGAAAGAUGCCAGAGGGCAAUAUCUCCAUGCAUAAACAUACACAAGCUGCCCACACAAUUCCUCUUCAUCUAGUGUCAAUGUUGUUCCCAGGAUUGAGCAAUUCAGAUUUUCUGCUGAAAACAAUUUGGAUGUUUGGAUGACGAAUCUUGAAUUCGAGCCGUCGUUCAUGAUGUUUUCUUAAGUCAAAUUUUUGAUUUUCAGUUUCAUGCCAUGGACACGUUGCAUAAGAACGGCUAUGACAUGACGCGGGCCAUCGCGGCACUCGUACCCCAGGGUGGGCCGGUGCUCUGCCGGGAUGAAAUGGAGGAAUGGAGCGCAUCCGAAGCCAACCUGUUCGAGGAAGCGCUGGAGAAAUACGGCAAAGACUUCACUGAUAUCCAGCAAGACUUUCUUCCUUGGAAGUCUCUGACCAGCAUCAUUGAGUAUUACUACAUGUGGAAGACCACAGACAGAUACGUUCAGCAGAAACGAUUAAAAGCAGCCGAGGCUGAGAGCAAGUUAAAGCAGGUCUACAUCCCAAACUAUAACAAGCCCAACCCUAACCAGUUGAGCGUGAACAGUGUGAAGCCAGGGCUUGUGAACGGAGCAGGGGCUCUUCCGGGAUCACCAGGCCAGCCGGUCGGAUUGGGCAGAGCAUGCGAGAGCUGUUUCACCACUAGCUCGUAUCAGUGGUACUCAUGGGGGCCGCCCAACAUGCAGUGCCGACUGUGUGCCUCCUGCUGGACUUACUGGAAAAAGUACGGAGGUCUGAAGAUGCCAACCAGACUGGAUGGAGAGAGGCCCGGCCCUAACCGCAGCAACAUGAGUCCUCACGGUCUGCCUAUGAGACACAGCGGAAGCCCAAAGUUUGCCGUUAAGACCAGACAGGCUUUCUACCUGCACACGUCUCAGCUGACGAAAGCUGCUCGCCGCGUCUGCCAGGACCUGUUGAGAUCCAGAUAUUUGGCCAGACACCCGUACACACCUGUCAACACUACCGCUAUCAAAACAGAGUGUGCCAUCAGGAUGCCAGAUAUGUCCAAAAAGCCUCCAUCUCUCAAGCAGACAGUAAGGAAGCCUUUAGAGUCAGUGGUUCGGUAUCUGGAGGCCCACCCCUGCCCACCCAAAUUAGACCCUCGACGAGGAGCCACCAUUUCCGUGGGCAGCCUGACGCCCAUCAAAUCCACGCCCAUCCUCAACAACGGCUCCCCCACCAUCCUGGGCAAACGCAGCUACGAGCAGCACAACGGUUUGGAUGGUAAGCCAUCGGCUUGUGUGUGGUCCAAACCCAAAGUUCUGGCUCCUCAGUGGGAAAUAAUGGCCAAGAGGGUGUCUGAAGCAUGUCGAACUCCCUCUGGCCUGCAGGAUGAGGUUCAUGAGCUGGACUGACCUCUGCUUUGACAACGGACUGCUACACUCUGAGCAGAUGAGCAGGUGACUCGAGCGAUUUUUUUUUUCAGCUCUCAGCGACUGAUGGACCUAAGAACGGAUCUGCGGUCAGAAAGCUCUGUCCAGGCGGCCCAUUUUUACAGCUGAAGCCAUUGAAAUGACUGCAAAGCCCUGACAUAUCAGCCUGUGGCCAAUCGCAGGACUGACCUGAUUGUACAGGACUGAUUACUAUUAUUAUUUACCAUCAGCUGUUACUUCUGUCUUUGUAAUUAUAAUUAUUACAAUUAUUAUUACUAUUCUUUUUUUUUUUUUUUUUUAUCAAGUAUAACCAUUUUCUUUUUAACGACUUGAGAAAAUGUUUCAUGAAAAAAAAAAACUUCCUUCCAAAUCAUAAUGUAAAGGUGGGACGGACUGUCAUUUUUGUCUUUUGCAUUGUUUUGUUACAUGUCUGCUCCGAGUCGAUGUGAAGGACUAUAUGACGUCUGUUUCUCUUCAAUUGGAUGUUUGUGUUCUCCGGUUCUGUUAGCCCAUCCUGCCACAGUGGUUUAAAUUAUUCAGAAAGACAACAGAACGUUCUUUUUCUACCUUUUUGAGGAGUAUUGCAACUGCUCCUCUAUGUAAUUUCUCUUUUGUGAAUAUGUAAAUGAAAACAGGAGGGAGUCGUUAUUGUACAGUGGCGCAUUUUGGGCCUUUGGUGGUUAUCAAAGCUUGUUGUAAUGGAUUUGCCAUACACAGCGUAUUCUUUGAAAUGUCUUUUUGUAAUGAAACCUCCCUAGCUCUCUCUUGCAUAUAUAUAGAGAGGUGAUGGGAACUUUGGAAAGGUACUACCCUGUUAAUACAAUGAUACAUCUUCUUAAGAAUCAGCUUGUACCAGAGUGUGGUUUGUGAGUUAUUCCUCACGUAUGCACGCUGCUUCAGGCCAGGGGAUAUGUGAUACAUACAACCCAGUUUACUCUGCAGCUGGCUUAUCAAAUAUUGAUAUCUUUAGGCCAACGCAGAGCUUCACACACUCAUCGAACACUUUUUUUAAAAUCUUAAAAUGACAAGGAUGUAUACACCUACAACAGACUGACUUUGUUAACAAGUAAUGUAUGAUUUGACACUUGCAACCAAAGAUACUGAGCUU